UAAAUAUUUGUAACAACAGUGAUUUCUUUUUUUAAAUAUCUAGUAGCAUUUAGUUCCGUUCCUCUACCUUCCGAAGUCUAACUGUCGAGAUCGUAUUUGUCUUUUAUCGCAUCAGAGUGAAUGAAUAAAAGCAAAACUGUUUCCUGGUAUCGGUUCGAAAAAAUAGUUAAUUACACUGUAUGUUACUAAGCUUUACUGUGUUUUCCUAAAAAUCGGAUUGUUAUUUCGUUUCGUUGCUUCUAUAUUAUUUGUUGAGCGACUCCUGAUUAAAGUAAUUCCUCGCCGCUACCACACCACCGGUUCUUUAAUCAAGCAGGAACAGAAUUACAUUUUAGUCGUAACCUAUUCGUUCAGUCGUUCGUAAUGGUUCAGGAACGAUGAUAAUAUCUUCAUGUGACUAUUUUAGUUGGAAUAUGCUCGUCAUGUGACACCCGAGUAUUACCUCAGUGUCAUUAAUACGGGUGUUUUGUGUCAAUUCAUUCUAUUCUUGGGAAUUUCUCAGGAUAAAAAAAAAAAGAAAAAGAUUCCACCGGUUGAAACGUUGUUUUGUCACCAGCAGUUUUUCAACACAGAGAAAUAUCUUUUACUUUUUAUUAUGUUAAUGAAAUUGUGUGUCCGGUGUGGAAAAUAUCAUGAAGUAAAACUAUGCAAGAAAAGAAAAACAGCAUUCUCAUCGAAGCAAUAACUAAUCGAUCGAUUUGUUAUCCUUUAUUUAAUCAAAACUAAAAAGGCACAAGUUAGAAGAAAAAACAAAACGAAAAGCGAGAAGAUAUGAAUAGAAGACGGUCAGAAACUGCCCCUUUACUCGGAGCCUACCAUCGCCGAUAUUCAGCCAGCGAAGACGAAAGACGGGAUCGUGCCUCUGAGGGGGAUCAAUACCCAGAAAUUAUUCAGGAAGGGGUUGAAAAUACUUGUCUCAGCAAUCUUUAUGAGAGUUUAGAUUAUGAUCCAGUUGAAAACAGCAUUUAUGAAAAAGAACUGAUUGACAGAACAAAAUGGAAAACCAUUUACAUUGGAAUGGUGCGAUGGUUUGUAAUGUUUUCCAUUGGAGUCCUCACGGGGCUCAUAGCUUGUCUCAUUGAUUAUGGAGUGACAUCAGCAGCGGGCUUCAAAUUUUAUCAGAUCAAACACUAUUUUAAUAUAUGCAACAGACAUAACUGUCUAGGGAUAACAUUUUUAAUUUGGAUUGCAUUCAAUGCAGGCUUCAGUGCUCUGGGAUCCAUAGCAACAGUCAUCUUUGCUCCUGUUGCAUCUGGAAGUGGGAUCCCCCAAAUCAAAUGUUUUCUAAAUGGAGUAAAAGUUCCUAAAGUUGUACGCCUGAAGACAUUAGUGGUGAAAGUAUUCGGCGUGGUGUGUGCUGUGGCUGGAGGUUUGGCUGUUGGAAAGGAAGGUCCUAUGAUUCAUUCAGGGGCCGUUGUUGCUGCUGGAAUAUCACAAGGCAGAUCAUCAUCACUUCGAUUUGAUUUAAAUGUAUUUGAAUUCUUCCGUACAGAUACUGAGAAGAGAGAUUUUGUGUCAGGAGGGGCUGCUGCAGGUGUUGCUGCUGCUUUUGGUGCCCCCGUUGGUGGUGUUCUCUUCAGCUUGGAGGAAGGGGCCAGCUUCUGGAACCAGGCACUUACCUGGAAAAUCUUUUUCUGUUCAAUGAUGUCAACAUUUACACUUAAUAUAGUCCGAAGUUAUAUAAAACAACAUCCUUGGGAGUUGACAUAUCCAGGUUUAAUAAAUUUUGGAAAAUUUACUUUUAAUUAUUACUCUGGUCAGGAAUUAGUAAUUUUUAUAUUGAUGGGAGUAGUUGGUGGAUUACUAGGCUCCCUGUUCAAUAGUAUUAAUCAUAGAUUGACGAUAUUUCGUCAAAAAUAUAUCAAAACUAAAGUUUGUCAGGUGCUAGAAACCAUCUUAGUAUCGGUGAUUACAGCCGCAUUAAGUUUCCUGAUCAUUUAUUAUAAUCAAAACUGUUUACCAAUGAAGGAAGCUCCAGCCCAGUAUAAUAUGCAAUUUUAUUGUGCAGAUGGCGAAUACAGUUCCACAGCUACCAUUAUACUUCAGACACCAGAGGAAAUGGUCAAGAGUUUGUUUCAUGAAGAGACUACAUCUUUCAAAAGGGAAACUUUACUAUUUAUAUGUCUAUGUUACUUCAUAAUGUCAUUGUGGACGUAUGGUCUUCUUAUCCCGAGUGGUCUGUUCAUUCCCUGUUUCCUAAUUGGUGGAGCUUGGGGAAGGCUUGUUGGCCUUUUCAUGCGAUAUAUUUUCCCAGAUAUGAAACUUGCAGAUCCAGGAAAAUAUGCCUUGAUUGGUGCUGCAGCUAUGCUUGGUGGUGUUGUUCGUAUGACUAUAAGUCUCACUGUCAUCAUAAUUGAAGCCACAGCCAACAUCUCGUACGGUCUUCCUAUUAUGUUGACUAUCAUCAUGGCAAAAUGGGUAGGGGACUGCUUUAACGAGGGUAUCUAUGAUAUUCACAUACAUCUUGGAGGAGUUCCAUUGCUUGGAUGGCAGCCAUCUGAUCUUGCAUCUUCAUUGAAUGCCAAUGAAGUGAUGAGUCAUCCUGUUACAGUGCUGCAACGAGUCGAGCAAGUUGGCCGAGUGAUGGAUAUUCUCCUCCAUGAGAGCCACAAUGGUUUCCCUGUUGUGGACAACUAUGACCCUUAUGCUCCUAUGCAUAUGAGGAACCCAGAUGAAUCGAAUACCUUUGGCACUUACCGAGGAAUGAUACUGCGCACACAAUUAUUGGUUCUUUUGAAAAUGAAGGCUUUCAAUGAGAGAGAGGACCUUUUCCACACAAUCAGGAAUCUUCACAAUAAAGACUUCAGAGAAGAAUAUCCUCGCUUCCAACCAAUUCAUAAAAUCAAUAUUUCAUCAAACGAACGGAAAAUGCACAUUGAUCUCACCAGCUUUAUGAAUCCUGGUGCAUAUACAGUAUCAGACUGUGCAACAUACUCACGAAUCUUCCGGCUGUUUCGGGCAUUGGGCUUGCGGCACGUUACAGUUAUAAAUGCUGAACAUCAGGUGUGUGGUAUUGUGACACGGAAAGAUCUUGCCAGAUUCGCAAACCUUUGAAUAAAACACAAAAUCAGUUUUUCUUCCUGGUGAUGGAUAUUUAUAUUUUAAAAUGGACAGUCUAGCUACAUUCAUUCCUGCAUGAAUGGGAAUUUUGUGACUUUGAUUCCUAUGGAGUCUGCCAUAAACUUGCUUCACACCUUUUCAAAAUGGUUCACUGAUAAUCAUGUACAGAAUAUGUUUUACUUGAUGUAAUUAUAUCAAGCCUUAUGCAAAGUGAGAAAACAAAACAAAGUGAGACUGGAGGAAUUUGUGGUGCCACUGAAUCUAAGCAUUAAACUUUAUCCUGAAACAUUAACAAUUCUAUGA